UUUGGCUUUCUUCUAGGCUACGGAGAGCUAAAUGGUAACGCAGGAGAAAGAGAAGUGUCAUUAAAGGGCCUGUGCUCUGAUGAAACCACCACCCCAGGAUCCAGGGUACCCAAUGGCAGCCAGCAGCUCGUAGACACUAACGUGACCCCAAAGCAGACUGUGAAGGCCAGCGCUUUGGGGAAAGCUGGAAUCAAAACCAAGAACUUCAUUCAGAAAAAUAGCAUGGACAAAAAGAAUGAGAAGUCCUAUGAAAAUAAACUUAGAGAAGGCCAGUCCUCAGACAAGCCGGAGGGAGUGUCUAUUCCAAAUGGUGUGGUAACCAAUAAUUCUAGCUAUAUCACGAAUGGCUACGUAGGCAAAGGGGCCGAUAACGAUGGUAGCGGCUCUGAGAGUGGAUAUACUACGCCUAAAAAACGGAAAGGCAGGCGCAACAGUGCCAAGGGCUGUGAGAACUUGAAUCUAGUACAGGACAAAAUAAUGCAACAGGAGGUCAGUGCACCAACCUUAAAACAGGAACUUGAGAGUUUCAAGCCUGAUUAUAGUGAACAAAAGGGGAACCGAAUUGAAAAUACUAAGCCUGUUUGGAAAUACGAGGCUGGGGCUGGUGGAGCAGGCCGGGGGAAGCCUGGGCUUGGGGAUGUACAGCGAAAAAGCUCUGAUACCAAACCUGGGAUUAGCAGCAAGAAGUUUGAUGACCGGCCCAAAGGGAAGCAUGCAUCGUCGGCUACAUCUAAAGAGGAUUCAUGGACCUUAUUUAAACCACCCCCAGUUUUUCCAGUGGACAAUAGCAGUGCUAAAAUUGUUCCCAAAAUAAGUUAUGCAAGUAAAGUUAAAGAAAACCUCAACAAAGCAGCUCAAGCCCCAUCCACAUCGUCUUCGUCGUCUUCGUCAUCUGCUGGGGAAACUCAGGCCCAAACAUCAAGUCGAUUGUCCCAAGUCCCCAUGUCUGCUAUGAAAUCUGUUACUUCUGCUAGCUUUUCGAAUGGGCCAAUUCUAGCAGGGACUGAUGGAAAUGUGUAUUCUCCAGGGACCCAGCCACUGCUCUCAACUGCUGCUAGUACUGUAUCAUCCACCUCCUCCGAGUCAGCACCCCAGGACAUGAGUACAACUUCGACAGCUCUCGAACAAAAGAAAUCUAGCCUUUUUAUCUACCCUUCAAAUAUGCAAACUGUGCUUCUGGGUACAGCGCAAGUCGAUUUCCCAUCACAGGCGAAUCAGCAGAACCUGGGAGAUAUUUUCCAGAAUCAGUGGGGCUUGUCUUUCAUAAACGAGCCCAGCGCUGGCCCCGAAACUGUUGUGGGGAAAUCUGCGGAUAAUCAGUUAAUGGAAGUGACAUUUCAAGGGGAAUAUCCUGCCACUUUGGUUUCACAGUGUGCUGAAAUCAUUCCCUCAGGAACUGAACAACCUGUGUUUCCUAAGGCUUAUGAGCUGGAUAAACGGACUAGCCCUCAAAUUCUUAGUGCUAUUCUUAAGCCUGGGACUGCUGUUGAGGGUGGUGUCUUAGCUUUGGAGUCGCAUCACACAGGUGACCUACAAAAGGCAGACACCGGUAGCCAAGGUGCUUUAGUGUUUCUUUCAAAAGACUAUGAAAUAGAGAAUCCUCUGGCCUCUCCUACGAACAAUUUGCUAGCCUCCGCCAAAGAACAGAGGUACCAGAGAGGCCUAGAAAGGAAAGAUAGCUGGGGUUCUUUUGACCUGAGGGCUGCUAUUAUGUAUCACACUAAAGAAAUGGAAUCGGUUUGGAAUUUGCAGAAGCAAGAUCCCAAAAGGAUAAUCACUUACGAUGAAGCCAUGGAUCGCCCGGAUCAAUGAAGAGUGAAUGCAAGUGAUUAACGAAUACAGACUCAAUUUACAAGCCCGGUUCUAAAGUUUCUGCUGUCGUCUACACGGGCAACAGCAACCCACUGGAGAGGCAUUUCCGCUUGACAAGGUUUCUGUUUCUUGUUCUGUGACUGUAGUGACACACUAAUCACAGGGACAUCAGGAUGAUUCACCAUCCUUCAUCUCCCCUUUCCCUUCCACC